AUGAUUUCAAAUUCUGAGAUAAAUAAUUUAAGCUAUGAAACUUCACAUUCACAUGCAAAACGUGCAAGGUAUGAAGAAGAAGAUGUAGGGUUUCAAAAAUUCAAAGGUGUUGUGCCACAACAAAACGGUCAUUGGGGUGCACAGAUCUAUGCAAAUCAUCAAAGAAUAUGGUUAGGAACAUUCAAAUCUGAAAAAGAUGCUGCCAUGGCUUAUGACAGCGCCACCGUCAAGCUCCGAAGUGGAGAAAGCCACCGGAACUUUCCAUGGAAUGACCAAACGGUUCAAGAGCCUUUGUUUCAGAGUCAUUAUAGCAUGGAAAAGGUUCUCAGCAUGAUUCGAAACGGAACGUAUCAAACAAAGUUUUCUACCUUUCUUCGGAAUCAAAGCCAGCGCGGUAAAGAAUGUAUUGUUGGGGUGAAGAAUGAGGAACAGUUUUCAUGCAUGCAGAUUUUUCAGAAGGAAUUAACACCUAGUGAUGUUGGUAAACUCAACAGGCUUGUCAUUCCUAAAAAACACGCGGUUACGUAUCUGCCUUUGAUCGGUGGCAACAACAAUAAUAAUAAUAUAACUAAUGUUGUUGAUGAUGAUAAGUUUAAUGAUGAAGAGGUUGUGUUUUAUGACAAGCUCAUGAGAUUGUGGAAGUUUAGAUACUGUUAUUGGAAGAGUAGCCAAAGCUAUGUAUUCACUAGAGGGUGGAAUCGGUUUGUGAAGGAUAAGAAACUCAAGGCCAAAGACACCAUUGUGUUUUAUGUGUGUGAGCCUAUAAAUUCAACAAAAGAAGGAAAUGGACAUGUGUUUUCAAUGAUAGAUGUAAUGUAUAACAAUGUUGAUGAUAGAAAAAAACAUUACUUUGAAGAUGAGAAUGGAGGAGGCUUCAAGCUCUUUGGUGUAAAUAUUAACUAA